AUGGCCCUGGAGCUGAGGCCUCAGGAGCCCAGCAGUGUGCUGGCCGACGCCCUGGGCUAUCAGCUGCCUCCCGCCCGAGUGACCUUGACUCCUGAGAAGCGAGCCAGGCAGCUGGGACAGCGGGUACGGCGAUGGCACCGGCGCCGCUGUGGGACGACCCCCGACCACCAGGGCAGUGAGCUGCGGGUGGCCCUCACCUUCCCCGAGGUGGCUGCGCCGAUGUGGCUGUCUCAGCUGUGGCUCUGUCCCGCUGCCUUCACCCCAGCCUUGCCUGUGCGCGGUGGCGCUGCUGUGUGGCUGUGCCUGCCGGGCUGCGCCCCUCUCCUCCGGCUGUCAUGCCCCCGGUCCCACCCUGACACCCUUCUGCCCCUCCAGGUCUCAGCCCCCUAUGAGGUGCCGCUGGGGCUGCCCCCAGAGCCCGCGCGGGUGAAGGCGGCGGCGACACGAGAGAGCACCGGGGCACUGAAGGCUUGGCUGGCACGACACCCCAGGAACCCCUAUCCCAGCAAGGGGGAGAAGGUGAUGCUGGCUGUGGUCAGCCGGAUGAGCCUCACCCAGGUCUCCACCUGGUUCGCCAAUGCCCGCCGGCGCCUCAAGAAGGAGAAAAAGGCGAGCUGGGCCACACACAGCGCCUCAGAUGGCGAGGACAGCGAGGGCGAGGGGGUCCCGUCGGGUGCUGUCCCCAUUCCCAGUUCCAGCCCCGUGCAGGAUGGGUGUGGGGGCAGCCCCGAGGUGACAACAGGCCCUGGGCAGGACAAGCAACCGCAGAAACCCAAGAUCUGGAGUGUGGCCGAGAUGCUGGAAUCUUCCCCCAGCAAGAACAGGUGUCUCCCGGGGGUGCCAGUGGUGCUGGAGCAGGUAUAGGGCUGGGACAGUCACGUCCUGUCCCCAAGGGCAUGACAGGAGCGACAGCCAUGGGACCCAGCAACUGCCUCACCAAGG